AUAUUUUAUUUUUGCGGUAACACUCAGUGCGAUAUGACUCGUUCAAUUCAGAUAUGUACGAUAUUCGUCAUUAUACAGUGGCUCGUGUUUGUGAACAGUGCGCCUUUGUUACAAGGAAUAAGCAUUACGAGAAAUUUCGACAUCUCCUUGAAGCCGUUUCAAUUUAAACCAAUAACAUUUAUUCGAGAAAAAUGGGGACCUUUUGGAGCUUUCGGCAGAAGACAUUCUGUUACAAAGAGACAAGCAGAACCAGGCAGGCAGAAUGUGCCAAACUCUGUUAUUCCUCUUGUGACUAACGUAGGGAACGGCAUAAUACCGAUACCUGCUCCUGUGACUCUUCCAUCAGCGUUAAAUAAUGAGAUCAGUAUAUCGCCAUCAUCAAUAUCACCCAUCUCAAUGGUAUCACACAUACCAGUACCUGUUACUCCUCCUCCGGCGCCUGUCUACGAAAAUGUUGCUGAAGGACCUAAUUUUCUGAUACCAUCUGCUCAAGUAAAUAUCGCAUCUUCAACACCAUUAUUGAAUAUUACACCACCACCUCCAAUCGUACGAAAUAAUUUUAUUCAACCUCCAUUAAGAGGAGCUGUAUCAGAGCCACCAAUAGUAUCUGUUCCAAGUGUUAUUACUCCACCUCCUGUUACGCCGUAUCGUCUUAAUACUGCUAUCACUCAGUCUAUACCUGUUAAUCCUUAUUUAAAUCUCCUGAACAAUCCACCUCCUAUUUAUGAUAGUGGUCCGACAAGAGUGAAUUUAUUGGUACCAAAUAAUGAUCAAACUCAAUUGGUGAAUUCAGAGCUUCCAUCAGCUACCAGAAGAGGUAUAUUAGUACGUUUUGGUGAAUUUUUCUUACAACUGUUGACUCGUUUUAUUACUACAUCACGUUUUAAUCGCGCUAAUUUGCCGCCAACGCAGUGA